UUUUGCUUGUCGGCUGUUUUAUUUUCUCGGCGCCUCAAAUCCAAAUCUAGGGUUUCAGUUUCGUGACAAAACGAAACCCUAAUCCGAAUUCUAAAACUCUAUACCUACCUCAAUUUACUUUAGUGAGGAUGUCAAGGUGCUUUCCUUACCGGGCUUCGGGGUCUGUGAGGAACGGGGCUGGUGGAGAGGCCUUGAUACAAACGAUUAAGCUUCAAAGCCGAAAAGAGAAACCCAAAACAGACUUGAGGAAAGAAAAGAAGAGGGAGAAGAAAGAGAAAAGGAAAGAGAGAAAAGAUUCUGAGAAGGGGAAACUUAACAGAGAAUCAGAAAAUCUAAGUAAGGAGAAGUUUUCUUGGGGUGGAGGAUGCGAUGAAGAAACUGAACGUUUGGAGAAGUCUGGUCUUACCGAUGAGCAUGAUGACCCUGUCUGCAGGCAGAACCUUUGCUACUUGUCUGAUGGCACUCAUGGCAGCAACAAGAGGAAGAGGGACACCCCACCAUCUAGUGGCAUUACAAUUAACAGGAAUAUUUUACGGAUUAAGCUGCCGUCUCGAAAGCAAAGAGAAACUGAUGUGUCACAGGGUGAUGAACAAUCAUGUUCUACUUCUGGUAGAGGACCCGAGUUGAAUGAUAAGCACAAAGAAAUUGUUGGUGGACAAUGUCUCAGAAUAAACAAUACCAAUGGGGAAUUCAGUGCUAUAUCAGACUCAAUGAGAAAGGAUAACAUUGCUCACUGUGAUAUCCAGACCAAAGUCAGUGCCACAAAGCAUGAAAAUGAUAGCAAAGCCAAAGAAUCAAACUAUUAUACAGCGUUAAUUGGGGACUGGGUUCCUAUACCUCUUCAGCCGGAUGAUAGUGAGGAUCUAGAAUGGCUUUUUGAGGCAAAGCAUCGAGGAAACAGCACUAAAAGAUUGAAGGCUAGUGAUGAUGUUUUAUGUUGUCAAAAUCUGUGGCCGUCAGCCCGAUACUUGCAGGGGCCGACAUAUAUGCAUUACCUUUUACAAUUCCAUUUUAACGUUUAGAAGUAGAACAGACAAUUAACUGAGACACGUGGCCCAGUGAUUGACAUUGAAUUUUUGGGCUAAACUUUACGGUCGAUUUUUCUGUCAAAAAUUUGACGAGCCUAAUAUACAUGGUUUGUUUCAUACGUAUAUAUUACAAGAAAUUUUCCUGCA